CAGCCCGCCUCUUUAUGUUGAGAGCACCCUUCCUGGAGCUCACUUCAAGUACGGACAUUGCAGAGCUUCAGUCAUACGCACCAUGAAGACUUUUACCUUGAUAACAGCUUUAAGUCUCUGCAGCAUUAGCUGGAUCUCUGUCUCAGUUUCUGAGUCUCACAUUGUGAAGGUUCAGUCUGGUGAAGAUGUUACACUGCAGUGCAACAAUCCAUCCAAAUAUGCAUCUGAAUCUUUCUGGUCCAGACUUGUCAACAAAACCAAGAUCGUCUGUAUCUCUGCUAUGACCGGUACUGGGAAAGAAGUCAAGUACUGUGAUGGUUUUCAAAGUGGAAAAUUUGAAAUGAGUACCAACAGUUCUACUGUUUUUCUCAAAAUCAAACAAGUGAAUUCAUCUGACUCUGGACUGUAUUACUGUGGAAUCUACGCAAAAGGACUUCCAGUUUUCAGUGAGAUACGUUUAAAUAUUGAAGGACCAACAGAUGCAUCUCCAGGUUCAACAGUCCUGACCCCCCUUAAUAAUGAACCAACCCCAUGUCCAACUGAAGAAAGAGAUUGUGAUGGAAUAACAAAGCUGACGAGUGUGAUCCUGGGUGGUCUGACUGCUGUUCUUGUAAUGGUCAUCAUUGGUCUGCUGCUUAAAAACAGGAAACUUAAAACAGCUCAAGAAGAACACAAUCCACAACGAAGUGAGAAUGGUGAAGAGGGCAUCUAUACGGGUUUGACUCCUCAUGCCCAGGACACAUAUGAGACAAUACGCAUGAAGAAGUGACAUGAUGGAGGAAACUUCUAAACAGACCUUUCCCUCUGAAUACCUUUAUGUUUUUAUAUAAAUAUUGCAUAUCUUAACCUGCUUAGAUUAGGAGAGAAUGUAAGAUGUCGUGCACCAGUGUUCAUUUCUCUUUUGCUUUUGUAGAGGUUGUGGGAAGUUAAGAAGGAUGAGACAGAAAAUAGGGAAGCUGAGUCCAAAACAGGGACAUUAUCAGAAAAGCUCUGUCCUUGUUGUAUAAGAUAUAUUUACUGCUUUGUUGGCUGUAUGUAACUUUUAUACAAGCAUAUUUUGAUCAUUAUAAUCCUUCAGAUAUAUUUUCUACUGUACUUAUGAAUAAAAAGAUAAAUGCUGUGUUUUUGAUGUUUAUCUUUGUUGCUGUGUUUAACACGCAGCUGAUUUCUGUGCCAACAUAUCAAACUGGUCCUCAUCUCCUGCAACACUCUGUCCAUCUCACUUUCUCUUUUAGAUCAUCUGACAGAUAUCAGUCAGUUUACAUAUGAAUGUGUGAAUGAGAGAUUCACAAAGCUGAUGAUGCUGUUUUUGCAGCUAAACUAGAUCUUCAGCUGUCAUGCUGUACUAAUAGAAAGAUGAAGUUAAA